GUUCUGUCGGCAAGUUGCUAUUUAACUGAGCUCAAUUCUUUAUCUUGCUGGAGAGAGAUUGGGAUUUAGACAGCCUUCACACUUUGGAAAACUACAUAGCCGUUGACGCUCCACCUCCCCACAGCCAUCCGCUGCUCACUGAGUCAAUUCUCUCCUUUAAUCUGUCUAUUAGCUUCUCAUGUGUCGGGUCGGUGCUUACUUGGAACACAUUCUUUGAUUUUUCUUAUUAUUACUUGACCAAAAAAUAAUGGAGUCCUUCGUCAAGGAGUUUGAGCAUCUUAAAAUCCCACUUGAAGAGAUAAAAUCAGCCACUGACGACUUUGAUAAAACCAAAGUCAUUGGAGGUGGUGGUUUCGGGCUGGUGUAUAGAGGAGAACUGUCUCACUUUAAGGGGUAUGGCAUGGUUGCCAUUAAGCGUCUGGAUCGUAAGUCUUUACAGGGAUACCCUGAGUUCUGGGACGAGAUCGCGGUACUUGCCCUUCACACGCAUGAAAAACUCAUCACACUUUUGGGAUUUUGCAUUGAGAGUGGUGAAAUGAUCCUUGUCUACAAGUAUGCUUUUAAUAAAAGCCUUGAACGCCAUUUAAGUUCCCCUGGUUUUACAUGGAGACAACGUCUCAAGAUAUGCCUUGAUGCUGCAAUGGGACUAAGUUACCUACAUGAUGCCAGGGGCACUAAAGAAACAAUUAUCCACACUGAUAUAAAGAGUUCCAACAUCCUACUCGAUGCAGAUUUGAAUGCUAUAGUUUCCGACUUGGGACUGUCAAAGACAAUACCUGCUAAUUGGCGGCAGACAGGUCUUGUCACCAACCCUGCUGGAACCCAUGGGUAUUGUGAUCCAAUGUUUGAAGAGACAUGCAUCCUAACGAAAGAGUCUGACGUGUACUCUUUUGGCGUGGUAUUAUUGGAAGUGUUAUGUGGGAAAUUAUGCUAUGAAUGUAGCAAUGGUAAAAUUAAGAUUUUUGUGCCUGUGUGGAAAGAAAGUUAUGGACAGAAUAAGCUACAAGAGAUUAUCUUUGAUGCUCUAAAACAACAGAUGGAUCAAUAUUCUUUGAAAACAUAUUCAGACAUCGCAUUUAAAUGUCUGCAUAGAUCUCGGGAAGAACGGCCAACGAUGCCACAUGUUGUGGAAGAACUUGAGACUGCACUUGCAUAUCAGGAGCUUUAUGAAAGAGCGAAGCUGCCAAAGGACUACACAAAGAUGCUUUUGACUGCUGCAGGUCCUCUGAACGAUAUGUCUGAAAGCGAACUGAAGAUGCUUCUCCUUAAAGGGAUCCUCAUCGACAGUGGCAAAACGUGGUUUUCGCGUAAUAUAAACGGAGAUCAUUGUGAAAUGAUAUCUAUAGCAGCAUGUUUAACUUCAACUGCAAAUGAAUUUCAGCAUUAUAUAACCUCGCCUGAAUAUAGUUCAAGAUUUGCGGUGGGCUGCUAUGAGCCAUCUGGAGCAAAAUUCAAAACACAUGUCAGAACUCAAUUCUUGUCGCCACAAAUCACGUACACCGUCAACCUUGUGUUCAAAAUCAAGAAGAAUAAAAAACAAGGUAUAGUCAUUGAACACAAAUUAGAAGGGGAGAAAGCAACAUCGUAUUCAUUCCUAUCAGGUGAGAGAGAAGAUGGAUGGCUGACGGCUGAAUUGUAUCGGUUUACUAGUGAGCAGAGUACUGUUGAUCUUGAAAUUAUGUUUUACACCAAGUAUUGUCCGAAUUUACUAGUAGAAGGCAUCGAGUUUCAGCCCGAGAAAAAUGUUCACAUGCAACCCAUAUCAAACAAAGAGAUAUAUUGGAAACAAAAAUUGCCAAAGGAUUAUGAAGACAUAAUCAAGUGGUCAAAAGAUAGUGUACGAUGGGAAAACACAAAGGAUUUGUACUAUAUUUUUUGCAGGGGAUUUCUAAUCAAUUAUGGCGAAGAGUGGUUUUCUCUGGACAAAGAUGGGAAGAAAUGUCUUAUGCUAUCAGCAAGAGCAGCUUUGCAAGAAGACAAAUGGAAUUGGAUCUCUCUAGCUGAAACAAGAUUUGAAGAAGUGGCUGAUUACUGUAAUCUUCGAAAUUUUGGUAUUUUUUGCAAGUUCAGAUCCAAAUUACUGUCACCUCAAACAACAUACGGAACUUAUCUUGUCUACAAAUUACCAGAGGGCUACAAAAUUGCUAAGCCGCCUCCUGUGCAAGUGGUUGAUAAAGAUUCACAUUCGAAAGAAGUUCACAAUAUAUUUUUACGAACUCCUCAAAGCCCAUUUAUCAGCUGUAAUGUUAAGAAUAAAGCCUUCUGCCCAUCGAAUAUACCCCAAAUGAAAGGCCUUCCAAAACAGCGGAGCGAUGGUUGGAUGGAAGUACAAGUACAUGAAUUUCAAACACGUGAUACCAUCAAAAUGAUUUCCACGCGUCUUAAGUUCUCCAGUUACGACAUGGGGCUUGAAGGAAUUACUGUGCAAUGCCUUGAGUUUAGACCGGUAUAGAUUCAUGAUUGGGAAAGAACCCACCAUGAUGAGUUUAUUUUUAUUUUGGUUUCUUUAACAUUAAGCAUGUUUAUAAUAUCAUGCUAUAUAUGUUUCACUCUCCUGGAGUCCUCUUAAAGGAACGUUGGUUAGAUGCAGUGGCGGACCCAUGAUUUUUUUUUCAGUGUUCAAUUUUUCAUAACAAAACGUUUAAAUUUU